UAAGCACGCACCGGCCGGACACGCAAAGCAACGUCUGGCGCUAGGCUGGCUGCCCUCACUGCUGCUGACGUCUGAAACGCUGCAACUUCAACUCAUUUGAUCCAUGUGAUCUGGGCUCAUAUACCAAAUAAUUGCAAUAUGUUCAUCGUAGUUGUUUUCCCUGAAACUGAAGAGGUGGAACUCAUUCCAGAUAAUUGGCUUCUUGAAUCUCAAAACAAAGCACUAUGGCCCCCAUUUCGGUCGCUUGCAGCAAUUUCGAAAGCAGUGAGGGAUAAGCUGAAGCCAGACUUAAUGACUUGGGAGAGUUUCCGCAUUAGAGUGCUGUAUCGCUGUGAGACUUACGAAGAAGGGCAUCGUAAAGCUAAGUUGGCAGAGGAGACUUCAGACCUACAAACAGAAGAAGAACUUGAGGACGGUCAAAAGAAGACUAGAAAACGCCGCAGGCCAGUUCAGUGGACAUCAAGUGAUGAAGACAGCGAUGGAGACAGCAUCAAACAAAUUCCGUCUUCAGCUGCGAAGGCAGCAAGACCUCUACCACCACCAAGACCCACGCCACCACCAAGACCUCAGCCACCACCAAGACCUCAGCCACCAUCCGUUCCUACCCCUCCCAGUUCACUCGUUCACUCUUCUGGUGACAGGCAGCAGCAGAGGCAGCAGCAGGACCCCCUAAUGACCACAGGUGCAUCUAGAAGAUCAAGUGGAGCAAGUGAAAUUGGUGCAACUGUCACUCCCCGGGCGAUUUUGAAAGCAGUUUGUGAGGUCCAAGUAAUGGCCAAGACUUUCUUGGAACAACAGGAAUUGCAAAACAAACUUCUACACCAAAUUUUGCGUAAGAUUGGGGACACUUCCACAGCUGAGGACUUUACCCUGCCAGAAAACCUUCAACUGCCUCUGGGGAGCAUCAUUGAAGUGGAAAACAUUGAAGAACAGCUGCAACAGCCUGACUUCAAGGCAUCCCUGGAGAACUACCUAUCAAAGAUAGGUGGCAGCGAUUUGAAGGAAGUUGCUAGACGUAUCAUGACAAACGUUUUCAGCCACGAGGUCGCUUUGAAGUUCAACUGGGCGGGGAAGGUGGGAUGGAAGGGUAAUGGCGAGGUGAAAAGAGCUUUCAACAACCUGGCAUUGUGUGCGUCUAUCACAAAAUCUGCAAUGAAGAGUGUGAAAAACGCUUCCCAAAAAGAUGUCCACAAGGAGGUCAUGCUCUGGCUGAGGGGUGCCAGUGACCGAAACGGUGGGAGGAAGAGACGGGAAAGGGAAAAUUAACAGGCUAGGUUUCGAUUAGUAUUGCAUUGUUGUUUGCAUGAAAAGCAAAUGGUUGCCUCUUAAAUGUAAAUUUGUGUUUAUUGCCAGUUUAUUGCCGCAUUGCAAGUUUAUCUCCCAAAGUUAUUCACUUUAGAAUGGAACAUUAACCUUAAAAACCCAUUGGUUGUUAAAUCAUUUCUUUUAAACUUGGAAUUAUUUGCAGCCUGACAAAUCAGGUCCACGUGCACAGACUAUUUAAUUGAGACCUUUUUCAGGGACAAAUGCAGCAUUUUAUUUUCGUUGAAACAAAAAUUCAAAAUGAAAAUUCAAUAGGAGACCAAAAAAUGUAUUAAGCACAUGGGACAGAUGCAGGAUUUUAUUUUCAUUGGAACAAAAAUUCAAAAUGCCAAUUCGAUAGGAGACCAAAAAAGAUGUUUUAAGCACGGGUCGCACAUCUUUAAUGUCAUGAAUAUUUAAGAUAUAGGCAUCCUUAACAUGUUAAUUUAAACUUUUGUCUUUUUUUGCAACUGGUUUGCUGUGUUUUUAAAAAAAAAGAGAACGGUUGUCAAGUCAGUCACAAUUUCUUAAGUC